AAUUAACCAGCCCAAUUAAAAUAAAUGGGAUUUUGAGCCAGACAGAAGAAGAGAAACGAAAUUCACAAAGAUGAUGUCGGCGACAGCGACGGUGAUGCACGGGAGAGUGCUGCUUCCGUCACACCGGGAGCAACGGCUAAUCUCAACUGGAUCGGAGAUUUUACGUCUAAGAGAAACAGUACCGAAGCGAUUCAGGCUGAUGAUGGUGACUACGGCGACGGCGAAGUAUAAGGGAACGAAGAUGAGGGAGGAGAAGCUAUCGGAGAUGAUAGAGGAGAAAGUGAAGGAAGCGACGGAGGUUUGCGAGGCGGAGGAGAGAUUGGAGGAGUGUAGAGUCGCGUGGGACGAAGUGGAAGAAGAGAAGCUUUCAUCACUUUCCUCAAGUUAUUCGUCAUUUCAUUCUCUUUCGAGGAUACAGGUGCCGGAGCCUCCUCGUUGUAGAAUCGCUGUGACAAGGUCCCGUUCGAUCUGCAAAGCUUCGUGGCAAGAGCUCGCUGGAGUGUUGGUUUUCUCGGCGAUUCCGUUCACGGCGGUUAAAGCAAUCGCAAAUAGCUCACUAGGAGAAUCUUUACGGCGGAGAUUGGAAGAGAAAAAGAAGGAAGCCGUGGAGAAUUCUUCAAGAUUCAAAGCUAAAGCUCAGGAAGCUAGAAACGACAGCAAGUGGUAUGGAAAAGAACGUCCCCGUUGGUUUGGUCCAAUCCCAUAUGAUUAUCCUCCAUACCUUACAGGAGAACUUCCGGGGGAUUAUGGAUUUGACAUUGCAGGGCUUGGCAAGGAUCGUUUGACUUUUGAUAAGUACUUCAACUUUGAAAUACUUCAUGCUCGUUGGGCCAUGCUUGCAGCAUUGGGUGCUCUAAUCCCAGAAGUAUUUGAUCUCACUGGAGCUUUCCAUUUUGCUGAACCUGUAUGGUGGCGAGUCGGUUACUCGAAGCUUCAGGGAGAGACGUUGGACUACCUCGGCAUUCCAGGGCUUCACGUAGCUGGAAGCCAAGGUGUCAUUGUAAUUGCCAUUUGCCAAGUACUCUUGAUGGUAGGACCGGAAUAUGCAAGAUACUGUGGCAUUGAGGCCUUAGAGCCACUGGGAAUAUACUUGCCAGGAGACAUCAACUAUCCUGGAGGGACGCUUUUUGAUCCCUUGAACCUCUCUGAGGAUCCGGUAGCUUUUGAAGAUCUUAAGGUUAAAGAGAUUAAAAACGGACGAUUGGCGAUGGUCGCUUGGCUUGGAUUUUAUGCUCAGGCUGCUGUCACUGGAAAAGGUCCUGUACAAAAUCUUGUUGACCAUGUCUCUGAUCCAUUACAUAACAAUCUGCUUGCCAUGCUUCAGACAUGAAGAGACUAGUAUGUCAAUGUGUGAAUAUGUUUAGUACCAUAUGUUACUUACUUAGCACAUGUGAUUCAUUGUUUUAAGAGUAAUGUUCUAAAAGGUAUUCACAUUUGUUUUACUUAACAAACAUUUGGGGGUUUA